GGUAAUGACAUACUUCUCCAUAUUUUUUUUCAAUUAAAUUCCUAUGCACCUAUUCACUUUAUUAUUAAUUCUCUUAUUCGUAAUCGUUUUGGGUAAGGAACCGAGUUUGUUAUGCGAUGUUACACAUCUUAGCCAAAACAGCGAGGUAACUUUGAAAUUUAGUGAAAGCCAACGGUAUUUCCUCGUUUCGUGUCAAUGCACAGCGCAACUCGCUGGGAGAUUUUUUUCGAAAGGACUGCUACAAAAAGCUCAAAUCAACUCUACGCAAUGGGACAAGUACAUACCAACGCAGUUAUGGUACGGCGGAGAGAAGAUUGAACCGUGCUGGAAAAGAGUCGACCGGCACUUGGCAUUCCAGUUUUGCGGGGUCCGGGGAGCGUAUCAAAUCAACGAAGCGUGGGCUGUGCUCAGAGAUUGCAUUGAAAGUCCAAAGCAGCAAAAGUGCGUGACGAAAUUUUUGGACAAACUAUACGAGAUUUCCAAAAGCGAUGAAACCAAAUUGACUUGCCAUAGGUAUUAUUGGUACAUGAGCCACCGAACACAGAUUGAAGUUGUUCUAGAAGAUGACAACAUUGUGUACGUAUAUAAGAAUAGUUCGCUGAAAUCAGUAGAUCAUAAAAACCACUCGUUUUUCUUGAUGGAUAUUUCAAAAAAUGAAAGUCCAGGGGAUUGCAGCGAUUCGAAACGAGCAACAAGUGCAUGUGCCCUCACAUUCCUUCAUUGCAAAUCUACCCUUGCAAUUUUCAAUGUUAAUUGCUCCGCAGAGCACUCAAAAUGUCUGAGCAGAGGUUUGGCGUCGGAUAUAUGCAGAAGAAGCUUCACGGCACGUGCCAUCCCCAGUUUUGUCGAAGUUGGAAAAAAACUGAUUUUCCGUGAUCCCUAUGACCUAUGUGACCUAUAUGACCUAUGACCUAUAGAUGACCUAUAUUGUUCCAUUUUUCUUUGUUCUUUUCAUUUUUAUUGUUCGCAAACUGAUUCUCCGCUGGAAAAAUCAGAACGAAAACUCUCCAGUAAAAGAUCAACAAGCAUUUUCUCAGGAAGACCGUUUUCUUCACAAUAAUAUUGCCUAAAUUUGUUUAAAUUGUUAUUGUUUGUUGAUUUUGUGAAAUCUUUGAAAUAAAUUUUACAAAAA